CAUUCCAAAAGACAAAAUGCCAAAAUAUAUGGAAAAAAUCUCCAAGGGCAUGAAGGACAGAGGCUAUAACAGGGACCCGCAGCAGUGCCGCGUGAAAAUUAAGGAGCUCAGGCAAGCCUACCAAAAAAGCAAAGAGGCAAACAGUCGGUCCGGGUCAGACCCCCAGAGAAGCCACUUCUAUGAUGAGCUGCAUGCAAUUCUAGGGGCCCCCCAUCACUACCCCACCCCUGUACGUGACUCCUGCAAGGGGGGAGUCUCAUGCAAGAGGGGUGAGGAUUUAGGGGACGAGGAAGAUGGUGAUGCGGAGGAGGAUGAAACAGUUCUCCCCAACAGCCAGGAACUGUUUAUCACCCUGGAGACAGUACCCACCCUCAAGACGGACCUUGAAGGUGGAGAAGGCAGCUCUGCUGCAAAUGUUUCAGCUCUCCCCCAUCAUCUCCAUCACAGAGGCUAACGAAGAUAAGAAGGUGAAUAAAAUGCACUCUCAUUGAAAUGUUCUCUGAGCUCAUGCAGUCCUCCCACACUGAAAGAGCUCAGCAAAAUGAGUGGAUGCAAGCAAUGUCAGAGUCCAGGAAAGCACAAAAUGAACACGAGGACAGGCGGUGGAAGCAAGAGGAGAGAUGGCGGCUGCAUGAUGAGAGGAGGCAGGAUGCAAUGUUGAGGCUACUGGAGGAUCAAACUGAUAUGCUCCGGCAUAUGGUUGAGCUGCAGAAAAGGCAGCAGGAGCAUAGACCACCGCUGCAGCCCCUGUGUAACUGUCUGUCGUCCUCCCCAGUUUCCAUAGCCUCCUCACACAGAUGCCCAAGAACGCAGUGGGGGUGCUCCGGGCACCCAACCACUCCACCCCAGAGGAUUGCCCAAGCAACAAAAGGCUGGC